GGACUCUGUUCCGGCGGAGGGAUCCAGCGUGACGCGUCACCCUCCCCUCACAGACAUCGCGUAGCGCCGGCGGGCGGGAGGUUCGAUUGUGGCGGGCGGCGAUGGCGGCCGAGCGGCGGCGCCGGGCGGGCGGCGGCCUGAGCGGGCUUCUGCUCCGGAUACGUGAAGAAGGGAAGGACAGUAUCCCCGAACACCCCUAUCUCUAUGAGACUGAUGUAGAGAUCUCAUUGGUUGGUGGCAGCUGCAAAAAUCCCGUUGAAAAAUUUUGGAACGGAAGCAGUGCAAUGUAUAUUUUGCAGAAAGCUACACACAAUGAAGAAAGCGACUCCAUGGAGGAAUCAAGAACAGAUGAUGCUGUUUAUGCCUCUCAGGUUUUGCCAAAGGAGAGUCCUGCAGCCCUGGCUCUUUCUGUUGGUAGAGCAAAGCAGUUGAUUUCCUUGUACACAAUGGUGCAGAACCCAAACACGACCUCCCUGGGGACGAGUGACCUGGCUGUGCUUCCUCCCCUGUGGGCCAGGUGUGAUGGUUCUGAUCCUCAGCACACCUGCUGGAUUGGAGCUGAGCCUCUCAAGGCUGCAAACAAAGUCACCGGGCUCAAUAUCUACCUGGUUUCAUGUGAUGGUCCCACAGCUGAUAAAACCCGUUUUCCAAACCUGGAAGAGCUCAAAAUGGAACACAAAAUAAGACAUCAUUCAUCUGUUGUGACAACAAAAGGAUUUGCUCAGUAUGAGCUGAUUACAGCUGCUGCAAUGGAGGACACCAUUGCAGAAUCUGGAAGCAACAUCUCUGUGGAUAUCACAUGGAAUGGUGUGGAAAAGAUUCUGGAGACUCCCCCAGUGAUCUCUGCUGCCACGCUGAAUAUUGCCCUGGAGUCGGGGGACCCCAGAAGUCCUGUGUUCCAGCUGUACCGAGAGCUGCAGGUCCUCUUGGCUUUGGCUGAAGGUCUGAAGACUGGUGUGACUGAGUGGCCUGAGCCAUCAGAGUCUGAAUCAGCUCUGAAACUGGUCCAGGAAUUUCUGACUGAUUUGAAGAAGAAUCUGGAUGGAGAUUAUAUAUUUGAAGACAAGAAUGAAACAGAGAAAAUCAAAUGUGACACAGCUGCUGUGGACAGUUGCAUAAAAUCAAUCUUUGGUGAGCGUGGAGACCUGGAUUUUACUGAGCAAUUAUGGUGCAAGAUGAAAAGUGUCAGUUCCUAUCAGGAAUUAAUAGACUGUUUCACACUGGUGAUAAAAUCCCUGGAACGUGGUGAGAUACAGCCAUGGAUUCAUCAGGGGAGUAGCAGUUUCUUAAGUCAGCUGAUCCAGCAGUCCUACCAUGGAAAAAUGGAGGAUGUUUCCCUCAGUGACAUCACUCCCAUUCAGAUGCUGCUGGAGGUUGGCUUGGAGAAGAUGAAGAAGGAUUAUGUCAGUUUUUUCAUAGGCCAGGAACUUGCAACAGUAACCUACUUGGAUUACUUCAUUUCCACAUCAGUGGAUCUCCAGGAACAAGUCCACCGUGUUCAAAAGCUUCACCAUAUGCUGGAAAUAAUGGUCAGCUGUACAGGCUUGCUGCAGUUCAGACAUGAGAACCUCUUCCCUUUGACACAGAUUUGCAUGAAGUAUUACAAGGAAAACCCUCUGAAUGAGAAGCAUGUGUUUCAGCUGCCCAUCAGACCAGCUCUUGUGAAGAAAUUCUAUCAAAAUGAUAACCCUGAAGUCUGGAAGGUGGAGAUAAGCAGUGGGCAUGGACAGAAGGAGGUGAAAACAACGUGGCAAGUCAGCACCAAUGCUCCAGUUGAACAUGGGACAUCAAACAAUUCAGGUUUCUUGUCUGACUCCACAGUAAAUGGAAGCAGUGAAGAAAGGCUGUAUUUUGUUACCAUGACUCAGUGCAGUCAGGUGCAGUUCACUUAAGUUGAUGUUACUGAGCAAGCAGGACUGGAAAGGUACAGAAAGGGGGAAAAUUCAGUGGUUUCUGUCCCUACAGAACCUUUAGAAACUCUGGGCUUCAAACAGUUCAUCUUCACUGAUUUAUUUGCUUUAUUACACUUAAGUGGGACCUCCACAGCCACAAUUCACCUGUAGGCACCUCAUUUGUUAAAAAUGCAGUGCAAUUAUGACUGUACAGUAUAAAUAUUUUGUAAAUAUGGUGGAGAUUUUUCAUAUAUUUACAGGCAUUCAACAAAGUUGUGCACUUUGGGGUUUCAUAUUUUAUUUUUUGAUCAUUAAAAAUGCAAUCGGACACUGUUUAAAGUGUGAAUUUAUCUUAACCAACAAAGCAAGCAAUAUUGUUAUGUUCUCCUGGGAUCAAGUGAUGCUUCAUCAUCCUGAAGGAUUUGGAAAGCUCUUCAUCCAGGGCCUUGGGAUCUUCAGCCAGUCUGGGUUUCUUUGUCCCUGUAUUUAUAUUUUGGAGUAUUCUUGAAAAUACUUCUCUCUCCUCUUCAAAUUAUUUUAUUCCUUCAAUGUGAAGUGACUUAUUUUAACAGUGUUGUCUUGUAUGUUUUGCAUAAUUUUUUGGAAAACAAAAUCAGUAUAAUUGGCUGGACACAAUCAUUUCAGUAUGUUGGCAGUUGCAUGUGUUAUGUCGAUUAAUCAGUGAGGUAACAUUUUGGUGGUAUAAUUUAAACAAUUUCAUAGUUUCGUACAUGCUGUCUAAAUAAUCUGAGACAGAAAUAUUCUGUAUUAAAAACUUAACUAUGGGUAAGUAAGAAUAAGGAAAUCCCCCAAUAUUAAUGCUUUUUAAAAUAUAAAUUAUAGAUUAUUAUUAUAAAUUUUUGUAACUUCUGGCUUCAAGCAAAAUUAUAUUUCAAGCUGAAUUGUGGGACCAAGUUUUUAUAGUACUUGUUUCUGCCUGCAGUAGAAGGGAAUUUAAGGUGGAAUAUGAAUUUUGGAAGUACUUGGAUUACUUAAAAUCCACAUUUUCGUGUGUAAUAUAUUAUGAAGUUGUAUAAGGUAAGUUUAAACUGCAGGGAUGUGGUUUAAAUCUGAUUCAGAAGUUGUCACCUUGGAUUACUCACUUCAAGCAACUCUUCUCCACACCUAAAUAUCAAGGUAUAUAUUAUCCUAACUUUUAGACAUUAAUAAAUUCAUAAUCAAGCAGUGCUCUUGGAAUAUUUAAGUCCUUUUAUAUUUUAAAAUCAUGUGUCU